AUGGACUGCAUUGACACCAGCUAUGACAUGCCGGCCCUCUCAGAAGGCCCUGCCAGUAGCAAAGAUCUGGUGAGGAAUAGUCAAACUCCCCAGGGAAUCAUCAUUGCGACGGCUAUUGAGACCAAGCUACUAGCUGCAUUUGGCGACCAUCUCUUGUUUCGUGGCCUUUCUCGACAGGCUCUCCUAUCCCUUGUAGCAGUAUUCUACCCGUUCGGGCCGGGCUUCUACGCAAAUCCGAGUGUUAGAGCAGCGGCCAGAUAUGCCGGCCCCAACGGCGUAAUACUGGUUUUCAAACGUCUGUCAGAAAUCAUGACGAAGCUGACCCCUUCCGGACAAGAUGGGGAGACAUGUGUGCGCUUUUGGACCGGAAUUCCGGUAGGUAAACAAGACAGCAGGGUACCAGCCAACUGUUGGGGAGCAGACGUCCUUAAGGGCGCAAUUUCUGUUGCUGUAUCAAGCCGAGAUUCACGGCGGGCUGAAGAACCCAAUACUCAAGCCGUUGGAGUUUCGUUGGAAUCUUCCAAGGUUUCAAGGCAUAUUCCUCGGGAUUACAGAUGCUAA